UGAUGAGGCUGGCGCCAACGGCCGGCGUUGCGGCGCGGGAGGCGGCGCGGGAGCGCGGCAUUGAGAGACUGGCCUAGCUGGGGCCCGUGGCCCUCCCUCUUCUGGCUGGUACGCAGGUCCUGCGCACGCUGUGUGGCCGCAGCCGCCGGGCGGUGGGCGCCGAAGGGGCCGGGAGGCGAGCCGGGGUCCCCAGGCGGGUGUGGGCAUCGUAUCCUCAGGCAGCGUCCCCCGAGGCCGCGGUGGGGCCAUGAUUCACUCGGUGAAGCUGCGCCGCGACAGCGCGGCCGACUUCGCCUCGCACUAUGAGUACCUGUGCGCGCUGCAGGACUCGGUGCCUCUGCCCGCCGUGCGCGCUUCCCUGCGGGAGGGCGUGCUGGACUUCAACGCCGACCGCCUCCGCGGGGUGGACUGGGCGCCGCUCCUGAGCACCCUCAAGAUUAAUAAAGAUCUGCCCCUGAUCUGUAUCAAGAGCUUCUUCCAGCCAUGGCUUGGCGAGACAGGUUCUGACAGAAAUAAAGUUUACAGAAGUCGUGUUCCUGCGAUAAGAAAUAAAGAUGUGACCUUCCAGUUGUGUAAAGCUCUUAAAUGCUGUGUCAGUGCAUCGGGUGCGCUAAGGAACCUGGAGCUAAAUGGGCUAGUUCUGAGAGAGAGAGACUUAACUAUGUUAACAAAGGGAUUGAAUAAAUCGGCCACUUUGGUGCACCUGUGUCUUGCGAAUUGUCCAAUUGGAGAUGGAGGUUUAGAAAUUAUUUGUCAAGGUAUAAAGAACUCUAUCACUCUUAAGACAGUAAACUUCACGGGGUGUAAUCUGACAUGGCAGGGAGCAGAUCACAUGGCCAAGAUCUUAAAGUAUCAGACUAUCAGAAGGCAUGAAGAAACCUGGGCUGAGAGUCUUCGUUACAGGAGACCUGAUCUUGACUGUAUGGCUGGUUUGAGGCGCAUCACUCUGAACUGCAACACGCUCAUUGGUGACCUGGGUGCAAGUGCUUUUGCAGAAUCUCUUAGUGAGGAUUUAUGGCUUAGAGCACUUGACCUGCAGCAGUGUGGCCUCACCAGUGAAGGAGCAAAGGCUUUACUAAAGGCCCUUGAAACCAACAGAACUCUGGUCGUUCUGGAUAUAAGAAAAAAUCCACUUGUUGAUCAUUCUGUGACGAAAGCGGUUAUCAAAAAAGUUCUCCAGAAUGGAAGGAGUGCCAAGUCAGAGUACCAGUGGAUAACUUCUCCAUCUGUGAAGGAACCAUCCAAAGCUGCUAGGCAGAAAAAGAGAACUAUAAUUUUGGGAAGUGGUCGAAAAGGAAAAGCUACUAUUAGAAUUGGAUUGGCCACAAAGAAACCUGUAAGUAAUGGAAGGAAACACUCUGCUGGUAAAGAGUGUUAUGCUCCUGUACCUCUACCACCUGGUGUGUCUGGUUUCCUGCCGUGGCGUACUGCAGAACGUGCAAAAAGGAACAGGGGUUUUCCAUUCAUCAAAGCUCGUGAUGUAUGUAAUCAGUUGCAGCAAUCAGAAUUUCCUGUGACUGUGACAGUAGAGAGUCCUUCCUCCUCAGAAAUCGAAGAGGUCGAUGAUUCCUCAGAAAGUAUUCAGGAAGAGCCAGAGAAAAUCAGUUUGAAACAAGAAGCAUUGCAGGAAAAACUGGAGGAGUGCCUAAAGCAGUUAAAGGAGGAAAGAGUAAUAAGACUAAAGGCUGAUAAACGAGUCAGUGAGCUGGAACAUGAAAACGCCCAGUUAAGAAAUAUAAAUUUCUCUUUGUCUGAAGCCCUUCAUGCACACUCAUUGACAAGCAUGAUCCUGGACGAUGAAGGUGUUUUGGGCAGCAUUGAGAAUUCUUUUCAGAAGUUCCAUGCUUUCUUGGAUCUCCUUAAAGAUGCUGGGCUUGGUCAGCUGGCCACAAUGGCUGGUAUAGAUCAGUCAGAUUUUCAUUUACUAGGUCGUCCCCAGAUGAAUUCUACUGUUAGUAGUCCACCUAAAGAAGAAAAGAAGGCACCUGAAGAAGAAAAAUCAGAAUCAAAGCAGAGUGCCUUAGGACAAAUGCAAAAUAUCCAAGUUUCUAUUUGUAUGCAGUCAGCUUACAAUGAAGGAACACUAAUGAAGUUUCAGAAAAUUACAGGUGAUGCUAGGAUUCCUUUGUCUCUCGACUCCUUCCAGGUCCCAGUCUCUACUCAGGAGGCCUUAGAAACUUCCAAAGAUAACCUGGGGUUUACAGUCACAGAGCAGCGACAGGAGUCUUUUGAAGAUUUCAUUGCUAGAACAUGUCCUCCUUCAGUAGAUGUCAUUUCUGGAACUGGAAGUCAAAGAAAAGAAGAGGAAUUAUCUAGAAAUAGCAGGUCUUCUUCAGAGAAAAUGACCAAAGCAGGUGAAUAUACCAAAAAAUACUCUGCUAAGAAACAACCUGGGGAGGACCUGCAUUCCUGCUCUGACUCACCUGUAAAGCAGAAAAGCCAAGGAAUUGGGCAAAAUAAUUCUUUGGUUAAUAAACCAAUUAAAAGUGAGUCUUCAAAAAAACACAUUUCUGUUAAGAAAGAGAGUAGAAUAGUGACUGUUUCAUCAAAGACAACUAAAAGUAAACUCAGUCUACUAGAACAUUCUGAAAGUGAUACUCUUGGAUCUGAUUUUGAAUUUCAAGAAAGCAUCCAUACUCUAUCACGCCUAACAUAAGUCUAAAUCUUUUAAAAUUAUGUUUUUGCCUUCAAAUUUUAAUAAAUUACUUAUGUUUUUAGUAUAGCAUAUGGUGUUUUAAAAUACUUGACUGGAAGCCA